AGUAAAGUUUUAUUUUUGUUUAAUUUAAUAUAAAUAUAUAUAAUUUGGAUUUUAGUUUUAUAAGAUUAAUAUAUUAUUUUAGUUUAGUUUUAAUUGGUAAUUCAACUUUAUUAAUGAAUUAUAUUCAAGUAAUGUAUAAUAGUAUUAAUGUGUAAAUAUAUUACGUGUGAUAACAUUUAUUGUGUGACGAGCACCUGAGCACUCUAUAGUAUUCCUUCCUGGUUUGGUGGCAGCGGUGGGAUAUAGAUUGGUAAUGGGAGUUAGAUUUCCUUCUAUCAUUCCAUAAUUUCAUUUUGAUUCCAUUAUUUGUUAAAACAAGAUUAUCAUCUUUAAUAUGUCAAGCAAACAAUAAAGUUCUAAAGGAUUAUAGAUCUAUCUGAUCUAUUGGUAUAUUUAAAUAUUCAGUAUACCUUGUAUGAUAUAGGAACAAAUUAAGUUACCUUGACAUAAAAUGGAAAUGGAAAAUUUUAUAACUAGUUUUAUUUAAACAUUUAUUUUCCUGGAAUAAAAUGACUGAAUUCAUAGAAACAUUUUAUAGAUUAUAGACUUUUUUAUCGUUACACUUUAAAGGUAAAUGUGAUGGUCAAUGAGAUAAUAAAAUUAUUCAUUCUGACAGUUCAAGUUUUUGGAAUAACAUCAUUCACCAGUUCCUCUUUAAAGUAUUCCCAACCAAUAAUUACUGCAUCUCAGUCUUUGAAAUUACAAAGUGGAUUGAACACACCAGUUUAUCAGCGCUACAUGAAGAAAACAUGUAUAUGUUGCUAUAAAAUAAAACAACUAGGAACUGGUUUAUUUUGAUGCCCAAUCUUACUGAAAGCAGUAUUAUACUAUAGUAAUAAGUGUGUUAGAUAUUAAAUAGUCCAAUAACAUUCUAAGCCAUUGUCUGGAUUUCUAUGAAAAUUAAAAAAAAACUACUGUUCUUAAUGGAAUAGUGCCCCUACUUUUAUAUAUUGUAUUCAAGUAUUUUUUGGAAUCCAUAGCACAAACAUUGACUUUACUAUACCUAUAGAUGAGGGAAGAGAUGUGAAUUUAUGAGCUCUGCUCUCACUUUUUUCUAGUUUUUACUGGCUUAAUUGAAAUUUGAAUUAAAUAAACUGAACAAUGAAUUUAUUUAGACAGAAUCAGUUCUUUUUACUUUAAAAGUACAUUAUAUACAAGUGUUAUUGUACAGUAUUAUCAGCUAUCAGAAACUGCAUAUAAUGAUGCAACCCUUUAUGUGAAUUUUUCAUUGGCUGCUAUGGUGAUGAGGUCUAAUGACUGGAGAGGCUUAAGUCUUUAGUGAGGAUGAACGCCAGUCAAACAGAUAUAGACAAAAGCCUCGCAAUGCCACAUCACCAUAUCGCUAUACAUCUCCUCUGCCUAAAAUAAAAAGUGAUCGAGGUGGUUCACAAAAAACUGUUGAAAGUGUUUCCCAUUUUGAUCAGAAUGGGGAUAUGGAUGGUGAAAAAAUAGUAACUGUAUCUAAUUCUUGGGGUGGAGAUACAAGGAGAUCCCCUCGCCGUAGCCCCCCAACUGUUAGAAGAUCACCCCCACCACGUUCCCCUCCCCCUCAAAAUGAUUAUUCUCAUAAACAAAAUGAAUACCCAUCUCAGCAAAAUGAUUACCCACCCCCUCAAAAUGACUACCCAGAUACUUCACGUUUAAAUGCAAGCCCUACACAUUCAGGGGUUACAGACAAACCAGUGGCCAGUACACAUCAACCAGUAGCCAGCAAAUAUGAUCCACGUUCAGCAACUUAUACCAACCAAACCAAUGAUUCUGGGAUAGCAGGUCUAACUCCAGAAGAAUACAGAGACAGAGAAAACUAUGAUGAUGCUGAAAGGAUGUAUCUAUAUAGGAGGAAGAAUGAGUACAACGAAAGUCGCCAGAAGGAAUUAGAAAAUCGGUUAAAUGGUGAUCGAAUGAAUGGUGAUCUGGAUGACAGCGAUCGUCAACGCAGACUAAAGGAAGAUCAAGAGAGAGAAGAAUGGGAAAGGAAAAAUAGAGAUGAAGAUGAGCGUAGACGUAGGGAAGAGGAAGAAAGAAGGAGGAGGGAAGAAGAGGAACGUCAAAGAGAGGAAGAUGAGAGAAGACGCAGAGAAGAAGAAAGGGAGAAGAUGGCUAGGGAAAAAUUAUCAGGUUCAGACGAAAGACAAUUACAGGGAAGAGGGAGAAAGGGUGCUAGAAGCACACAUUUGACUCCAAUGGAUCCCGAUUGGACAAAACGUGGGGUACAUGGAGAUUAUGACCAGGUUAAUGUUAAUCAGAAUGAUCAGAAAUUAGAUGGUCCAGAAGGACAAAGGGAUGAUCAGGCAGGGACAUAUCAACAAACUGAUAAAGACACAAGGGCAUAUGAACAAAGAGAUGAUCAAACAAGGGCAUAUGGACAAACAGAUAAAGACACAAGGGCAUAUCGACAAAGUGAUGAUCAAACAAGGUCAUAUGAAAGAACUGAUGAUAAGACAAGGGAAUAUGGACAAACUAAUGAUCAUAAGACAAGACAAGCUAAUGAUCAGACAAGGGAUUAUAGACGAAGUAAUGAUCAGACAAGGGAUUAUGGACAAAGUAAUGAUCAGACAAGGGAUUAUGGACAAAGUAAUGAUCAGACAAGGGAUUAUGGACAAAGUAAUGAUCAGACAAGGGAUUAUGGACAAAAUGAUGACCAGACAAGGGCAUACAGUAACAGGGAUAAGACCUUAAAUAGAUAUGACCAAAGACAGUCAAAGGGCAGUGUAGCCAUUCCAUCAGAUAAAUUUGUACAAGUUGCACUAAGACCUGACCCAACCCUGAAUGAGCCAGUUUCUGACAGUGAGUUAUACAGCAAGGAAGACAUUUCAAAUUCUCCAAGGAAUACCAAUCCACCUGUCAUUAAUUUCCCUCAAAAUAAUGAUCCUUCUUACAGAGAGGGGAGCCAAAAGAAAAUAUAUGAAGGUAGGGAAAAUCCAACAUCACAUAGACAGAAUGAAGGAGUAUACAGCGAACAGAGAUAUGAACCGAUGCAAAAUAAUGAAAGAAACAAUGAUGAUAUUGAAGAAACACAUAGUUACACAACAGGAAAAGUAUCUAAAACAUUUGUUAAAGAUGGUGUGGAGUAUAGACAGUCUGAAGAUACAAAUAGGCAGUAUCAGCCCUCAGGCACUAGUAGAAGUGUUCAGCAGACUAGAUCUAGUACUAGAUCAUAUCCUAGACAAGAGACAGAGGACAGUGUAAUGCCUUCUACACCCAGUUCCGAUUCUGAUCAGAAACAGUAUCUCUUAAGGAAACAACAACAAACUCAGGACAAGACUUAUUCAAGAGUUGCUGAUACUAAAAACGUAAAAGGAAAAAAUAUACACAGGAGUAGCUUCCCUUUGCAAAAUCAAGGAGGAAAACCAGUGAUACAUCACCGAAAGUCAAAUCAGCGGAAGCAGUCUGAUCUGAACAGAUUCCCGUCCCCUCCUCCAAUGAAUGUAGCCUCAACUGAUCAGGAUAUGGAUUCCAGAUCACAAAAUUUAACUAAGGAACAGAAGCAAGCGGAAAAGCCAGAGCAAGCAGAGGAACCCACACCUGUAACAGAAAAAGAAAAAACUGUGAUUAAGAAAAAACCUAGCUUUAAGAAAAAACAAAGUUUUAGGAAGAAAAAUCCAGAGGAGGAAAAAAGAUUAUUACAAGAGUUGGAAGCUGCCAGGGAAGCCAGAAGAGCUGUAGAAAGACAGCGAGAGGAAUUAGUGAAAAAAGCUAAAUUAAUGCAGAAUAAAACACAAAAUAGACGCAACCAUGAUAAAAGUAUUCAAACAGAUUUAAUUGCUAGAGAUUUAUGGAAAAAGCGUUAUUUUGAAGAAAAGAAGAGAACACCCCCAUUAGAAGAACAGUGUAAUAAAUUACGACAUGAAUUGGACGUUAUUCAUAGAAAAUUAAUGAAUGCUCUAGAAGGAAGUUCGAAGGACAAAAAUACAAGAAUGGAAAAUUUAAAACCUUCAAAACAGAAUAAUUAUAAAAUUCAAGCUACUCGACUAACACAUGAGAUAGAUGACUUACGUCGCAGAUUAGAAAAUGCUAAAAUGAAAUUAACAGCAGAAAUGAAGCUACGCAACCAGGCUGAGACAGAAUUAAGAGCCUUAAGAGCAGAGUUAACCCAGAAGAAGAUCCAUUUGACUUUAUCAAGGAAUCAACAAAUGGCAAUGACCCCUGGUGGUGACAGUAGAUAUUAUAGAACACCUGCAUUGUCAAAUAAAGCGUGAUGUUAACAUGUUGUAAAUGUUAUAAAAUAUCUGUGAUAUCAUUGUGGGACGUAGAAUUCUUAACAGUGUGAAUGUUUAUUUCAAAUGGUUAAUUUUAUGUUAUAUAUGACAACCAAUAUUCAGAAAAUGAAAAUGAAAGAUUUAGAUAUCAAUAGGGUUCUGUAAAAAUAAAAUAAAUAUAAUAUAAAUUUGAUAUUGAAAAGUUGCAUAGUUAGGUUCAAAAUUAUAUAUUACAAUUUUUGUCCCCUAUAUAUUCGACAUUAAAAUCAUUUUUCAAAAUUGUGUAGAAAUAUUUUAUUUUGAUUUCAAGAAAUUUUUUACUGUUUGAAGCACAUUUAUGUCAAGCUUAUCAUUUUAAAUUUGGUGUAUUCUUCACUAAUAAAUUUUUUUUUCAAUUUUUAAAAUCUUCAAUGAAAAAAUAUGACAUCAAAAUUUAAGAAAUAAUAUUUAAGGUGAGAUAUAAAUUCUUUAAAACUGGAAAUCUUUGAAGAGCUAAAGAAGAUACAUGUAUAAGGGAAUUUGGAAAUGUUUCUGCUUUAUUUUUUGAAAAUUUCAUAAAAAUUAGUUCAGAAAUAGGUUAUAAUAUGUUUGAUGAGAAAAUUUCAUAGAAAAUUUUAAGACUUUUGUAAAAAAAAUAUUGACAAGAAAAGGCUUUAUUGCAUUAGUAAAUGGAUAAAUAUAUAUCAUAAAUAAAACAUUCCUUCAAUUAAUUAUCAUGAAACACUGAAUGCAAAUAGGUAUUUUCUUUACAAUUUAGUAUUAGAUUUUAUAAAAAAGUCAAUUAUUUAUUACUGUGUCCAUUAUGCUCAUUACAAUUAGCGGCCAAAUCUGUCUAUAGUGUUUAAUGUUAGUGUUCUGUCUAUAUUUUUUCCCCAUAUUUUGCAAUGCUCAGGAUAUAUAUGUUUUAGUGCUUGAAUGUUCGUUCUUUUCUUCUUUUUUAACUGUUUGAAAAUUACAAACAUAUAACUUCUUUCAAAAAGCAAUUGCAUAUUAUUGCAAAUUUAUUUAUUAUAUUUUGAUAAUUCAAAUAAAGCAAUUCAAAUAAAAUUUAAAUUAAUUGUUGUAAAAGGCAAAUAAUUGUAUAGAAUGUUUUGGCCAUAGGCUCUGAUUCUUUAACUUCUUCAGAUAUUAUCAUCAAUUAUCAUAAAAUUAAACAUUCACAUUUUUUUAAUUAUUGUUUAAAAAACCUAAAAAAAUACAAACAUUUCAUUUAUACUAGAAUGUGAUUGUUUUGCAAGAAUGGAGUUCCCUGAUUCAUAAUUACAAAUCCUACCAUGUCAUCUUUAAUUUAAUCAGGAAUUACUUUUUUUGUUAUAAUUUCAAGAUUCAUAAGGCUUUUGAUAAAAAAAAAUUAUUAAAUCUAACCCAGAAGUCUGCUUAGUAUAACAAAAUAGAUAAAGCAAACUCAUUCAUUAUUAGAGGACUUCCAAGUUAGUACCUUACUCAAAUAUAUAGUCUUGAUAGUUAUGUAUUUUAAAGUUUUAUUUCUACAAUUUGUGCUGGUGUUAAUGUUUUGUUUUGUCACUUAAUCCGUCCAUACUAUUUUGUUUACCAUUUUUAAGAAGUUUAUAUAUUUUUCCAAAUGCCAUUUUAUAUAUUUAAUCAGUUAUAACUGGUGUAAAUUAUUGUACAGGAGAUAGUUUGAUAAAACUUCUUUCUAUAGUA